AUGUCUCCAGCUUCAAAAUCUAAGUCAAAGGACAAAAAGGCCAGCAAGGAAACCCAGAAAGCUUCUGCUAAGUCUUCAGGGCCCGCUAAUGCAACUAGUGGCAUCCCUGCUAGUGCAUACAAUCCACAGUUGGGAACAUUUCAUACUCUUGAAGUGCCCCCAACAUCCUCUGCUUCGCCUCUUCAAACUAAUGGCCGUUUCCAAAACAUAGAUGAGACAGAUGAGCAUCCUGGAGGCUUGCUUGUAGCUGGGGUUGAGUAUGAUUCUGUCUCAAAUAAUGGUAGCUGGUCUGGUGAGUCAGAAGACCAUAAAGAGAAAAUGGCAAAUCCUCCUGUCCGGCAAGAAACGAUAAUACCAGGUGCUGAUGGUGACAAGCGAGAAAAAAUCCGCCAGAAGAAUGAACGGAAGCAUCAGCGUCAAAAGGAAAAGCGAGCUCAGGAAUUGCAUGAGCGUUGUACUGGCUAUCUCAUGUCAAGAAAGCUUGAAUUGCUUGCUCAACAGAUUGUGCAAAUGGGAUUUCCACAUGAGCGGGCGACAAUGGCCCUCAUAAUGAAUGAAGGAAAAGUAGAGCAGUCAGUUAAUUGGCUGUUUGAAGGUGGUGAAGAAGCAGAAAAGCACAUGGAUCAAAACCUUGCUGGGAGUAAUCUGAAAAUUGACAUAUCAGAAGAGCUUGCCGAGAUUGCAGAUAUUGAAACAAGGUACAAGUGCUCAAAACCAGAAGUAGAAAGAGCUGUCGUUGCCUGUGAGGGUGAUCUUGAGAAGGCGGAAGAAACUAUAAAACUAAUGAAGCAAGAGCCAUCAUCUGCUCCACCUAAACCAGAAGAAAAUGGUGAUCCUCCAACUGUUAGUAAUGGCAAGCUUUCAGUUGCCUCCAUGAACUCAAGGCCGCAAAUGAAACCAAAUUCUCCUACAAUACAACAUAAAAAGGAUGAAAAGGAUUUUAACUACACAAAAACAGCAGUUCAUGUUUCAGAGCCUGGGAGCAAAAAUUUGCUGCAGCCUUCGAAGAGAAGUCAACCUAAGUUGGAAUGGCCAAAACCCCAACAAACUGCUAUCCCAACUGAGAAAAAGUGGUCAAGUGCUGGCUCAAAUCCUUCAGCUUCCUAUUCUUUGGCAUCAUCUAUGCAGUUGUUGACGUCACCAGCAAAGGCUGAAACCCGUUAUGUGGCCGUUGGAACUGAAUUUAAGAACCUUCAGGGUGGAACAGUGAGGGAACCAGUUAAAAUGAUGCAGCGACCCCAAUCUCUCAAUACAAAACAGGGGUCAAUCAGUAGCAUGAGCUCAUCACCCCCAGGAACAGCCACCAGUUGGUAUCCUGCUAAUGGUGUUGAAGUUAUGAAAUCUAGUGCCUUUUUGCAACAAAUUCCUAGCACUAUAAGCCUCAGUGCAAACAAUCAGAACUUGCAGAUGUACCACCAACUUCAAUAUCAGCAACAACAACAGUUUUUCCCCGGCCACAGCCCAGGAGAUUCCCCUGGACCCAGUAGAGGGAAUGGUUUAUGGAGUAGAACAGUUGCAUCUCCUACCCUUGUUGCUGCUUCUUCCCUUGGACUCUUCUCUGGUUUGGGUUCAUCCAGCUCAUCGGGGGCAUCAUCUCCUGUAGAUUGGAACACAGGUGGCUUGAUGUCACACUUAGAUUACACCAACAUAGAUUGGACUUUGGAUAGAGGUGUGUCUUCACCGAGUCCCAAUGGAUUGUGGCUAGGGCUGCCUCCAUUUUCAAGGAACAACACACACGAUUCAAAUACUUCUGGAGUGAAUGCUCAGCCAUCUAUGAGAUCAGUGCCUAAUACAAAUGGUCUGCUCAGAGCAGGGUUGCAGGAUGGUGGAGUGGUCACUGCUGAUGCAUCAUCUGCUGCUGGUUCUAGGGAGUGGACUUCCCCCUUCGAAGGGAAAGAUCUUUUUAGUUUACCCAGACGGUUUGUAUCUUUUCCUUCUCUGUAGUGAGUGAGGGAAAGGAGUUCUAAUGAAUAAAAUGAAAGAAAAAAGAAAAGAAAAGGAAGACCUAAAAAAAUGUGAGUGGAUUUCAUGUUGGUGUUGGUUCUUAUGAUGCUGUGGUGUCGAUUAUAUUGUUGGUGGAUAAGCUUUUAGUGAAAGAAAGCAUCAAAGAAUCCUUUGCUUGAUUC